AUGACGAAGCACGUCGUUGUUGUAGGUGCUGGUGUGCUGGGCAUUACAAGUGCGCUGGAACUUCGCAGGAAGGGAUAUAAGGUAACCGUGUUAGCACGUGAAAUCCCAUGGGACGUCACAUCGCAAUCGUUUGCGUCGCCGUGGGCGGGAGCUAACUGGUGCUCGUUUGCGAACACCAAGGAGGCGGAACGACGACGUGAUGCUAUCACGUACAAGCGUUUCAAGGAGCUCGAGAAAGAACUGCCGCCACAUGUGUUGGUAUCAAUGCCAUUCACUUGUUAUGAUGUACUGAAAGACGACUGGGAUCAGUAUUGGUUUGGCGACGUGUGUGGUGGUGUUGAGCAAGUGGAAAAUCACGGUAACAAGGUAGCCACGGAGGCGCCCUAUGCGUACAAGUUCACUUCCUUCACGCUUGAUGCGCCGACCUAUCUGCAAUGGCUUGCUGGGCGUUUAUUGGGCAAGGACGAGCCAGGUCCACCAGCAAAGCUGGUGCGUGUAUCUACCCUCACGUCACUACGCCAAGCCGCUUUGCUGGUCCCUGACACAGACUUGAUCAUCAACGCUACGGGCCUAGGAAGUCAGGAUGUGGCAGAGUCGGCGGACAAGGAUAUGUACCCCAUUCGUGGCCAAACAGUGCUGGUGUGGGCCCCACGAAUCCAGAACAAGGAGGAAGCGCAUUGCGUUAGCAUGAUCGGAAAGAAUGGCGCUUCGUAUGUCAUUCCGCGUGCGCGUAGCGGCCGAGUCAUUUUGGGAGGCACGUUCCAUGCGCGUCAGUCCAAUCCGCUGACGCCGGACCCGGCGGUGACGGAGCGCAUUUUGAAGGACGCCGUGCAACUGGCGCCAGAGUUGCUGCCAAAAGACGUGGAUCCUUCUUCUCCAGAUGCGUGGAAGCAUAUUGAGGUGAUUCGUGUGAACAUUGGCGUGCGCCCUGCACGGGAAGGCGGCGCGCGUGUCGCGCUUGAUUCCACGCCGAUGAAAGUGCAUGGCAAACGUGUGGGCAUUAUCCAUACCUAUGGCAUUGGCCCUGCAGGCUACCAAGCGAGCUAUGGCAUCGCAGCCGAAGUGUGCGAGCUGGCAGAGCUAUGGGAGAACGGCCAUGGGAGCCGCGCCGCCCGUUUGUAG